AUGUUGAUGCCGACAGUCGCAUCCUAUCUGAUUUGUUUCGCUUCUUUGUUGGGGUUGUCGGCCGCUGAUGAAUACCAAUUCUUCCAAUCCCGUCCAGAACUGUUUCCACCUGUGUUAGAGAUCGAUAUAUUGAAAGAGGGGGUCACACCGGGAUAUAUUUUUGUCUCUCCCCAUCAUAUCCCCCGGUCAGGAGCAGCCAUCUACGACAACAAUGGGCAGUUAAUAUGGACAAGUCUAUCCAGUAUGCUGGGUGGGAGCAUGCACACGUUCAGUGUUUGCAAGUACAAGGGCAGCGACCAUCUCUGUUUCUUCCGGGGCGAUUCUUGGGCUACAUAUUACGCCGGCGACGCGCACAUUUACAGCAACGAGCUCGUCCCCGUCGCCACGAUCAAGGCACAGAAUGGGCGACCAGCGAUUGACAUGCACGAGUGCAAUCUGGUAGAGGACGGUCGUUCGAUGAUCGUCGACAUCUACCAAGUCGAACGCUACGAUCUGACACCAUAUGGUUUGACCUCCGGUGAGGGCUGGAUCAGGGACGGCCUCUUCCAAAAGAUUGACGUGGCCACCGGGGAGCUGCUGUUCGAAUGGUCCGCGCUCGACCACAUCUCUCCGUCCGAGUCAUACGUGGGGUUGGGCACAAACAUUGGCGCCACUGCUGGCACUGGCUUUGAUGCUGUGAGUGCUUGGGACUGGAUACACCUUAACGCCGUGGAUGAGACCCCGGAGGGCGACUAUAUCGUGUCCUGUCGACACACCCAGGCCAUCUACAAGGUCAGUGGAAAAGAUGGACAAAUUCUUUGGAGACUGGGUGGCAAAAAAUCGGAUUUUGCGCUUGAGGCUGGAGUGUUGUUCGGAUACCAGCAUCAUGUCCGAUGGCAUUCCUCGAAUGGCACCACUGAGAUAAUUACGCUGUUCGACAAUGCCUCUAACGGCGUGAACUUUACAUCACCAAGGGCAUCGGGGAAGAUCAUCAAACUGGAGCACAAUGCCACACCUCCGCGGGCCACUCUGCUGGCUGCUUUCCAGGGUCCUGAAGGGAUGAUAAGCCCCGCCACCCAGGGCAGUAUGCAACUUCUCGGCGAGCGUGCGGAUUUGGCCCGAUCAAACGUCUUGAUGGGCUGGGGUCAGGAGCCAUAUGUGACAGAGCAUCUACCCUCGGGCGAAAUCGUCUUUCAAGCCAAGAUCAACGCCACAGGAGCGAACCUUUACCGGGCAUUCAAAUUCAACUUCACAUCCAAUCCCUUCGACAACCCAGCUCUUUACACAUAUGCGUUGAACGCCGACGCAGCGCUGACCAUGUUCUACAUGUCGUGGAACGGUGCGACGGAAGUGGCCCAGUGGCGAGUCUAUGGGCGACAGAACUGUACAGCGGAGUGGAGCGUUUUGGGCACCGUGAACAAGACCGGCUUCGAAACCAGCUAUCAGGCGUCCGGCUAUUGGACUUAUGGCAUGGUAGAGGCACUAGACCGAGGUGGUCGCUCGCUCCGACACUCGGCUACCAACGGCGUUAAAACGUUUGUUCCAACUCCAAUCCUCGCCCAGAACUGCAACCAGAUGGGAUGUAAAGGGACGAGGCUGAUGGGUGUCGCUCCCGCGGGGCAGUCUUUCGAUCAGCCACGCGGAGGGUGUCCUUUCACACCUACCUCGAACAAAGCAUCUGCACACGGAGCACUCGAGCGAGUUGGCCUCCAUGGGGGUCUCGGGCUAGGCACGGUCCUGCUUUUCGCCGGAUUGCUUGUUUGUCUUCUGCUAUCCAUCGCUGCAGGCUACUUAUACUUUUUUACUGGCUUUUUCCGGUCGACUUCGGCCUCUCACACAUUGAUCCCCCAGUCCGACCCGGAAUUUGAAGAAGGGAUGGCUGAACGGGAAAGGCUACAGAAUCAGCCAGAUAAGUCAUGA